AUGCCAGCUCUGCAGCGAACUAGUUCGUACACAGACAUUGGAUUCACCCUGCGACGGCAAUUCAACAAGAAUGAGUUCAGGCCAUAUCAACGUGAAAUCAUUGAAGCCGCUCUCAGUGGACACGAUGUUUAUGUUCAGGCCGCAACCUCUUUCGGAAAGAGCCUGUGUUUUCAACUUCCGGCCGUGAUAGACCAAGGAAUCACUCUAGUCAUCUCUCCUCUGCUGAGUCUUAUGAUAAACCAGGUCGAAGCUUUGAGAGCAUCAGGUGUCGAUGCCAGCUCCCUUAAUAGCAACACGCCAUAUCCAGAGAAGGAUCGCAUACAACGAGAUCUAGAGACUGGCCACCCCAAAACGCGUCUUUUGUAUGUCACUCCGGAACUUUGUUCUGGUUUCAGAUUUCGUGAACGACUACAAUUGGUCCAUAAGCAGAAGGAGCUGGCUAGAAUCGCCAUCGAUGAAGCACAUUGCAUUUCUGAGUGGGGGCAUGAUUUUCGCAAAGACUUUAAACGGCUUUCUUGGUUCCGGGAGACUUUUCCUGAUGUACCCAUCAUGUGCCUUACCGCCACCGCAAACCCUCAGGUAAGGGAGGACGUGCUCCGCAUUCUGAAGUUGGACGAGACUCCGGACAGGAUUAAAAUGUUUCUCAUGAGUCCGCAACGGCAUAAUCUUCAUAUAGAGAUUCGAUACACUAAAGACCAAGAAGACAAUCGGCUUGCAGAUUUCUUGAAGUGGAUGCGAGCCGUCUACGAGCGGCGACGAAUCGAGUCCAGGAAAAAAGAGCUGCAAGACGCGGGUGAACGCCCGGAAGGCGUCUCAGGUAUUAUUUACACCAUAUCGCGGGACGAGUGUGAGACUCUCGCAGCAUCUUUACGCGAAGAGGGAGUUGGGGCCCGCCCCUUCCACGCAAAACUCACCAAGGAAGUGAAAGAAGAGACUUUAAAUCGCUGGAUCAAUAACGAACCUGGCUAUGAUAUUAUCGUGGCUACAACGGCGUUUGGCAUGGGUAUCGACAAGAACAAUGUUCGAUUCGUCGCCCAUUGGCGUAUCCCAAAGUCUUUUGAAGGAUAUUACCAAGAAGCUGGUCGCGCAGGGCGUGAUGGCAAUGCCAGCUAUUGCUUCUUAUACUACAGUCGCGAAGAUUUAGAACGCGUCAUGCGAAUGAUUCGCAGCGAUUCAAAGGAAGGAUCAAACCUUGACGCUAGGCUGCGUAGCCUUCAGGCCUUGGCUACUUAUUGUGAAAACACAAAUUCUUGCCGUCAUGCACAGAUAUGCAAAUAUUUUGGCGAUAGCUCUUCGCCGGCGUGCGAUUUCGCUUGUGAUUGGCAUAAAGAUGUUCAUGAUCUGAAAACGAGAUUUCUGAAGGGUUUGGCGAGCCCGGACUGGGUGAGCUCGCAGGUGGAACAAGGCACAUAUGAUGGCCACGAUUACUACGAUGAUGAUUAA